AUGAAAACGGCGAACUUGAUGCCAAAUGGACAUCUGCUGUGUCGUCUGGUUGCUGUGGUGGCAUUUGUAGGUUUUGUGGUUUUGUUCUGGUUCUCAACCCUCAACAACUGUCCAUCACUUCAACAAGGUCACCACACAGAAAUCACAGAGAAAACCCAGCAAAAAGAAAAUACCACACCUGCUCCCGCUAAGAACGAGAAACCCAUACUCCUGUUAUGGUUCUGGCCAGAAGACUUCCGCUUUAGCCUGAAUGACUGUAAAACUAUUUUCAAUAUCGACAGUUGCCUAUUGACGGAUGACAGAUCUCUUUACAGCACUGCAGAAGCUGUCCUUAUCUACCACAAAUCCAUUAGUUGGGACCUUUCCAACCUUCCACCAUCUCCUCGUCCCCCGUUCCAAAAGUGGAUCUGGUUUAAUCUCGAAUCACCAACAAACACAGCAAGAAAACCAGGUAUUGAAAACCUGUUCAAUCACACACUCAGCUACAGACAGGACGCAGACAUCUUCUCCCGGCUGUCCUUGACCAUCAACAAAACGCCGAAUGAGAAUUUUACGAUUCCUAAAAAGGACAAACUGGUCUGUUGGAUCGUAAGUAACAAUGCUGCCGGAACUGGUGUCGGCGCCAGGAACGCUUACUACAAUGAACUUAAAAAACAUGUCAAUAUACACAUGUUUGGAAAAGCUUACGGAACGUUCCUGGAUCACAAAGACUAUUUUCCCACCAUAGCCAGCUGCAAAUUUUAUCUGUCUUUUGAGAAUUCCAUCCACAAGGACUACAUCACAGAAAAGUUCAAUGGACCUCUGUCAGCAGGUACUGUACCUGUGGUGCUGGGACCUCCCAGAAAGAACUAUGAGAACUUUGCACCGGGUGAUGCCUUCAUUCACGUGGACGACUUCCAAGACGCAAAGUCACUGGCAGAAUAUCUGACGCAGCUGGACAGAGAUGAAGAUGCGUAUCACAGGUACUUUAACUGGAGGAGACAUUUCUCAGCACGACCUCAUUUACUGCUGCAACAAGAGUUUGAUCUGCCCAUCUGUGACGCCUGUGAAUAUAUAGCAACACACAAGCAUUAUAAAGAAAUUCACGAUCUCUAUGAAUGGUAUCACAAGUAAUUGACUCUCAAAAAUCAAGU